GAUAUUUUUUUUGGAUUUCUCAAAAUCCACUGGCGACAGACUGAGGACCGUAACCUGUUUAAGAUAUCAAAAAGCCCACAGGCAAGCGCGCCAUCGCGAUGCAUCUCGCCUUGAUCUAAUGAAACUAAAAUUUCAUUCAAUCUUUAUCUAAAGUUUGCUCGUUCCAACUUCAUUAGAUAAGAAUCGUCUGUAAACAAAUCUGUCUGCACAAAGCUCGAGACUCCUACUCCCCUUCGAAGAGCAGAGUGGGAUUUCCAAAGAGCGCCCAAUUCACGCACAUUUCGUCUUAUCAUCUGAGGAACAGUGCGUUAGCCGCGAAGGAGAAUGUUGUACACGCGACCUGAGAGCACCUGACUGGAACCAGCUAUAGCCGGGCACGCGCCUUCUGAUAACAGAAUUUCCUUCCAGGGGACGAGGAAGAGAGCGAGUCGGCAAAAAGGACAUUCUCCUCCAGGCAGGGGUGGAAGUUAGAUUUUCUCUUUGCAGGCUUGUAUCUUAUCUCUUCGCGUGAUGAGCCCGUGAUAUCAGGUCGGGAAUCCGAGGAACAGGGGCUCCAGUGAGCGUUCGUGUACGACGUGAGCAUUUACUUCGAGCGAGAUUAAGUUGCCCCAGUCCCAGCCUCCGUGCGCUACCCGCGACCCGCGCGCAGGUUGUUAAUAGUUCAUCGCUGCCGCAGUGGCUGUGUGCCAUCGCAGGUUCAGCUUCAGUUCCUUUAACGGUUCGGAGGUGUUUGGUCCAAGUUGACGUCACUCACGACACCGAUCGCGAUAUUACGUCGCUUACGCGUUCACGAUACUACCUGGACCGCGUUGAUUUGAAUGCGAUCCGAUCCCACGCUGGGCGCCAACCGGGCUUACCCUUUGUUUCCGGAGUGCCGCGUUCAGUGAGUUGAGGUCCAGGUGCAGUGACCUUGCAACCAAGUGACUCGUCCAGGACGCUGGUGGCCGCGAUUCCAGGCAGGAUUUAAAGGAUUUCUGCUGCUGCGAUUUUUUUUCGCGAUUCGAGGAUAAUUUCCGAAUGACGGUCGGCCUUGAUGUUAGUGGGGUGACCUUGCGUGAUUUUUAAUUUUGCUCAGUUUGGGUUUAUGUAACGUUUUUAGUAGAAUUAUCGCAUUUUUCCCUUUUUUUGUGAUUUUAUUUGAAUUAUAUUUUACUAAACAAAACCUGGUCCUUUUGCAGUAAUUUUAGUGCGGAUUCGUUACCCGGCGAGUGCGAGAUGUAAAUUGAAGUGGCGAAUUUGUGUUUGUGGAUUUUACGUGUGAAGUCAAGUGUGCAGGAAAGAAUUGAAUUUCAUUUUGGCAAAAACAAGUGCUUUCAGUGAGUAAAUUUUUUAAAGGAAAUUGUGAAGUUCACUCAGAUGAACUACCCCGACUUGGAUAUUUUGCGAACUUUGAGCAAAACAGAUUCGACUUUAAGAAGCAACAGAUUUAGCGAAGGUUCUGAACGAGGUAAAGCCAUCAUCGCCUUUAAAUUUGACUAUCAUCAUUGGAUUUUACACCACACUCUAAGCACUCUGAGCUGUCAAGGGGUUUUAUAGGUGUUUUCAUAUCAGACAUUCGUCGAGGACGCCAGUACUAGAAAUUGCUGAGACACCUACAUCAACUGUAUCUGCGAUAAAAUAAACAGGAAAUUCCAUUGUUAUCAGCCUCUACUGUUACCGCCAGAAUGAUUGCUAAAUGGAUUUAAUGAUAUGAAAUAAAUCGUAAAGGGUGGAUUCGUCAUCGAGGAAAAGAAGAAAAAGUGAGGAAAUAGCAAUCAAGGAACAAUAAGAAAUCACAGGCCUAUAUAGCCACUGUAAACCAAGGUGGCAAAGAAAGCAUCGAAUUGGAAUAGAAAGAAUUCAUUGUGAUUGGGGCUAGUUUAGAUAAAUACUCGUACAAGGAUCAAUUUUAAUGAUUAAACGAAGUGGAUAUUAGUUUCGCUGGAAACGAGAACAUAGUGGAGUUAAAAUUGGAUACUACUUUAGCACGCCGAUGGCAUCUGUCGAGCAGGUUAGAUAAGCGUAGGGAGCUCCGAAUCUCCAGAUAAGAGCGCAAAGAAGUGAGUGGAAGAUUUCAAGUUGCAAGGAAGGAUUCAAUCGAAGGCAAAAAACCAUGUAGAGACUACAGUCAAACACUUCUCUUCCCAUCAUUGACCGAUUGGAGAAGAGAAACUCGCAGAGGGGAUAGGACGAAAGGAUAUUUUGAGAGCUAAAAUGAACUUCAUUUUUAGUUUCCUCCCUGGCAUGAAUUGCUCAAGCGAUUUCCACUUUAUUAUAUGAAUGAAAUCAAUGAGAGUGCAGGAACCCCAAGAAACGCGAAAGCUGUCAGAACGUCGUCCUGAACGUUUGGAGAUCCUACGAUAGGGGGAACUACAUAAACUAUGGCACAGCAACGAAACACUUAUAAGAUAAUAUUUUUUCCAAUUAUUCUGAUACUUGUGCGGAUAGCAGAUUGCGGCAAACCAUCGGUAACUAGUAGCGAUCGACACACUACCGGGCAACGAUUCGCCAUGGAGCCACAGGAUCAAACAGCCAUUGUCGGUUCAAGGGUGACUUUACCCUGCCGCGUGGUGGACAAAGUGGGGUCACUACAAUGGACGAAAGAUGAUUUCGGAUUGGGAGAGCAUCGAAACUUAAGUGGUUUUGAUAGAUAUUCAAUGAUUGGAAGCGACGAAGAGGGAGAUUUUUCGUUGGACAUUUAUCCUGUUAUGCUGGAUGAUGAUGCGAAAUACCAGUGCCAGGUGGGACCAGGACCUAAAGGACAACCUGGGAUACGUUCGAGAUUUGCAACUCUCACAAUACUUGUGCCGCCCGACCCACCGAAGAUUGUCCAAGGCGACUUUCUUGUAACCACAGAAGACCGAGAAAUCGAAUUGGAAUGUAUUUCUGUAGGUGGAAAACCAGCUGCUGAGAUAACAUGGAUAGAUGGCCUGGGCAACGUCCUCACCAAGGGCAUCGAAUAUGUUAAAGAGCAACUUGCUGAUUCCAGAAGAUUUACAGCCAAGUCCAUACUAAAGUUAACGCCAAAAAAGGAGCACCACAACACAACAUUCACCUGCCAAGCACAAAACACAGCAGAUAGAACGUAUCGUUCUGCGAAACUGCUAUUGGAGGUGAAAUACGCACCCAAAGUUGCUGUGUCAGUAAUAGGAGGUGCAUUGGCAGGAGGCCGUAUCCCUGAGGGAUCCGAGGUGCGGCUUUCAUGCCAUGCUGACGCCAACCCGAACGAUGUGAACUAUCGAUGGUAUAUCAAUGACGAGAUUGUCAUGGGGGACUACACUACCGAGAUGAUCAUUCAUAACGUCUCGCGGAAGUACCAUGAUGCCAUCGUAAAAUGCGAAGUCUACAAUGCCGUGGGGAAAAGCGAGGAAAGCGAGACCCUGGAUAUCAGCUAUGGUCCUAUUUUUCGCCAAACUCCAAAGUCAGUGGAGGCAGACAUCGGUUCAACUGCUUCACUGGUGUGUGACGUCGAUGGAAAUCCUGCGGCUGAUAUUGUUUGGAUUAGCGAAGCAACAGAGAGGGUGGUCGGCACAUCACCGAAUCUGACAAUCACCGUAACAGAGGAGACAGCUGGACGCUAUUUUUGCAAGGCAAGCGUAAUGGGCUUCACAGAAAUCGGAUCCGAAGCUACAAUCUAUUUGAAGCGUCCACCGACAAUAACAUCGAAAAGCAUACAAUUUGGAAUUGUUGGCGACAAUGCCCGAAUCGAAUGUGUAGCCUUUAGUGUCCCUAGAGCGAAACAUGUGGCGUGGACGUAUAAUGGUCGCGAAAUAAAUACCAGUUCCGACUUGGACUACUCAAUCCUGGACGAUCCAAUGCUAGAAGGCAUCAAGUCAACGCUUAUCAUUCGCGAAAGUCAGCCUAGGCACUUUGGACGCUACAACUGCACCGUCGUUAAUGACUAUGGCAGUGACGUGCUCGAGAUUGAUUUUAUAGCUCAAAAGAGCCUUCCACUACUGAUGAUUGUCGUUGGAGCUAUUUCGUCCGUGGCCAUAGUAAUGAUGGUCAUUAUUUUGCUCCUGUUGUACCUUAGGCGCGGUAAGAAGAAGUUACCUCCGGCCGAUGUAAUUCCAGCCGAUCAUCAAGUGAACGAGAAAGGUUGCAAGGAGAGCGACCGGUCAUCGAACAUUAGUGAUUUGAAAGUAGAUAUUCGAGCGGGAUCCUGCGAACCUGACUAUUCAGAAACAUGUUCGGGAACGGGCAGUAUAGCAACUCGAUUAGCAGCCAAUGUCCUAGGCUCGACUGGCGGAAGUAGUGAAAGUGGAGGCAACGUAGGUGGAGUGCAACUGGCUGGUCCAGUGAAAAUUCCAAAUGAUUACCGAUAUUCUGGAGAUUACUCGGAUAGUCUGGCACAUUUGCAGCAGCAACCACAUCCUCAUCCUGCCUCGACGACGACGAGCGUGACGAAACCCGGUAUCGGCGGCGGAGGUGGCCAGCAGAACAAUGGCUACGUACCAUAUGUGGACUACGCUCGUGAUUAUAGUCCACCGGCACCCAAACAACAUCCCAAUAUGCGAACAGGCAACAAUAAUAACAAUUCCAGUAAUAGUAAUAGUCUAAGCAAUACAACAAUAACAAUGUCAGCGGCACAUAUGAACGGCCAAGUGCCGUCCGGAAAUUUAAGUUUAACGAGAAACCGAAAUGAUCUCCGACAGGAUAAUGGACUUCCUAACAUGCAGAGCAGUUUGAAUUCAUUACAGAAUGGACUAUUGGGUCAAUCGUUGAUCCAGAAUGGCCUAAGUAUAGAUCCUCGAUACAGCGCUGCUUAUGGCAAUCCAUAUCUUCGUACAUCGAAUUCGUCGCUUCCACCGUUACCACCUCCGAGCACGGCCAACCCGGCUGCGACACCCGCCCCGCCGCCCUAUCACCGGGCCACCCAACAAAAUCAGCAACAAUCUCAAUUAUUAAACAAUAACAACGCCACUAAUAAUAGUAUUAUCUGUUUAGGUAGCAGUAGUAGUUUAUUACUUGGUAAUACCAGCACAUUACCGUCACAAUCACCCCUUCAGACGCAGCCAAUUCAACAACUAGCGCAACAGCAAUUGCAGCAACAGCAGCUACAGGCCACGCAGCAAACGCAACCCCACAUGGCAGCUAGUCCGUCAGGACAAUUCAUACUUCCAGCUAACGGCAAUCUGAAAAAGGGUGCAUUAGCGACGCAUGUUUAAUAUUAAGUCAAUCUAUUUUUGAGAGCAUUCAAAAUCAUGUCAAAGUGUUUUUACUUUUAUAGUAAUUUUUAGCAUAUCAUGUUAAAUUAUGUAAUUUGUGAAUUAUAUCCUGCAUUUAGUGUUAAUAUUGUAAAAAUUGUAAAAUACUUUCCGAAUUAAUUCUAAAGAGAAGCCUAGGUACCUACACAUUUCAGUGUCACAAUUCUCAAGAAAUGAAAAGAUGAGCAGGCGUUUCCUGUGCCAACCGUAUUAUCGGGAAACGUUAUCAAGUAAUAUAUUUACUGAUCAAAUAUCAUUCCCCUGUAGGAGGUGCAUACAUAUUCGAUUUUUAAUUUAAAUUUAAUAACUCUCAUUUGACAAACCCCGAAUUCCUUUCAGUAUAGAAAAAAAUGUUCAAGCUGAAUCCUCCCAUUUUCGCAACUAGAUGAAUUAUUGAAAAUUCAAUCAGAUAUCAAUCAAAAAUAGCUAAAAGUUGUUAAGGCCUUUGAUUGCAUUUCGAGCCUACGCAUGUACGGAUUUCUAUCUAUUCUAAAAUUGGCAAUGGAAAUGCUUCGAUGAAAGGAGACCAGGGCGAGGUCGUUGUAUUAAUAAAUAUCAGUUAUUGUAAAAUAUGUAUUUUAUGUUCAGCAUCCAUAUGUGGUAAUAAAUUUGAAACUAUAAAAACUCAAUAAAAAUUCAUUAAAGUCUACACAGAGAAAAUCGUAAAAUUGGAAUUAAAAAUAGCCAAAAAAAAGUAAUGAGAGUAUAUCUAAGCGAAAUCACAAUUAAAAUGACGAAAAAAGAAAUGUUGAAGAGUGGCCUUAUUAAAAUUAAACUGAAAAUUGAAAAAAGAAUUAAACUACUUAUUAAACACUUGAUCGUGCGCUAUGAAAUCAUUCUGGAUCUCAGAUUUUAAUGUAGAUGCUUCUAAACGAGAUAUAACUUCGAAAUCUAUUUGAUGUUCAUUGAAAAUAUUGCUAGUGAAAAUCCAGAGCGUAAAAAAAACAAAUUUCACUGUAGAAAAACGAAAAUAUUUAUUAAAUGUUUUUCGAGGAAAGGGAGAAAGCAUAACGUGCACAAAAAAUAACGCAAAUUGAGUGUUAAAGCAUUAUAAUCCCCAAAGUUUUAAUUGGAUCAUUCAAACUGGGAUAUAUUCAUGUACGUGUUGAAGCGAUUUAUUCCGAAAGAUAUUCCUGGAAAUAAUUCUCAUUUUUAUGCAGUUUGAGUGCUAUUCUGCAGGAUUUAAAUAUAGUAUGAAGGGAAUCGACGAGGCCACUCAAUUUGAUCGCUUGAGUUUACGUACUCAAUAUUUUGGAUUGAAUUCAGUUGAUCCACUCGAAACGUCGAAGUAGAUAAGAGCAAAUAAUAACCUUCGUUUGCCCAGAAUUCCUUUAAAAUUCACAAUAAUUUUUUUCAUACGCAUUUAAAUGUGAAACGGGACAUCAUCAGAUACAAACCAUUUGUUAUUUUGCAUCCAAUUUUCCCAUUCUAGUUGCCCCGUCAAGCUUUAAAUGGGAAAAUGAAAGGAAGAAUUUUAUUAUGCUCAAAAUCCAAAUGGGGAAUGGGCGGUUAAUUGAAUAGUUUUCAACGAAUUCCCUCCGUCAUAUCUGAGUGGAUAAUUUACACAAUAUAAAUGUAGUAAUUUUUUUCAAAUUGAAUGCAAUUAGUUCACGGUUUGGCUUGCAAUAUAAAUUUCAUUGGAAUAACAAAAGCUUCAAUAUGAACAAAUGAUUUCAAAGUAUGAUGACAGCUGAAUAUGCACUUGUAUA